UUUCCAGGGUCCUUGCGCUUGUUGCUACUGUUACCCCUCCAAAGUUGGGUUUCUGACUUCGUUGGCCCCUCCCAACCUUUUUGCUCCCAGACGACAACACAUGCCAACUUUUCCGAGAGUCUCCGCCAAAACCUUCGACCCGCUGUGAAAAUUGAAAGUUCCUUGUCACCUCUACCAACUUGCACUUUUAAACAACACUCUCGUCCGUCUCCUCAUCGCACACGAACACCCCUUGCUAGAAACAACCCGGCUUCUACCUACUUCACACAACGACCCAUGGCCUCAACACGAGAGCGCCGAAUCUCCAAGGAGCUCAGCGACCUCCAAAAUGACCCCAACUCUGGCGUCAGCGCCCACCCGGUCGACAACAGCCUCCUUCACCUCAAGGGCAUCUUCCCUGGACCCCCCGACACCCCCUACGCCGGCGGCACCUUUCAGGUCGACAUCUUGAUACCCGAAAACUACCCCUUCAAAUCCCCAGUCAUGAAGUUUGACACCAAAAUCUGGCACCCAAACGUCAGCAGUGUGACGGGUGCCAUCUGCCUCGACACCCUCGGCACAGGCUGGUCCCCAGUCGGCACCAUCAAAAUGGCCCUCAUCUCCCUCCGCAUGCUCCUCGAAUCCCCCAACCCAAAGGACCCGCAAGAUGCCGAGGUGGCCAAGAUGAUGCUCGAGCAACCCGAGGCGUUUGCCCAAAAGGCGCACGAGUGGGCAGUCAAGUACGCCGGCGCGCCGAGGAGGGACACACCUGUGCACAACUACCAAAAGGUUGCUCCGCCCCCGCCGAGGGCGGACGAUCCGGCGAGGUACCAAGGCUACAACAAAGACCUCAUCGACCGCUUCGUCCACAUGGGCUUUGACCUUGACGCCGUGGUCGAGGCGUUCAACUAUGUUGGUAUUGAUCGCAACGGGGGCGAGGACUACGUGUUGGAGGAGGCUUACAUGGGGGAUAUCACUGCGCGGUUACUCGGUGAGCAGUGA